AUGAAAACGAUCAUCAGCGAGGAGAAACUGCGCUGCCAGUCCCUGUUUUCCAAUUUCUCAGGUACUUCGAAUCAGUGUCCCCCGGAUUUCGACAACUCGUUAUGCUGGGAACCGACCGACGCCGGAUUUGCGCAAUUCAUCGAGUGUCCCUUCGAAUUCUGUUCCCACUGUCAACUGCCAGAUCGGUUUGCGGCCCGCUUCUGCACGGCUAAUGCAUCGUGGGAAAAGCCGAACUACGACGCGUGCGUUUUCAUUUACAUGCACAACGGUACGUGCAUUGAGAAAAAGUGCCACGACUGUCCCGGUUCGUUCCGAAACACACUCAGAUACCUGUUACUGUGGCUCAGCAUCGUUUCCGCGCUGAUGACGGUCGCCUCUUACGUGCUGUUCAUAAUUCUCAAGAACAUACAGUGCCGCCGGUUGACAAUCCACAAGCAUCUGGCGAUGGCGUUCAUCAUUCGUUCAGUCGUGUACGUGCUGUGGAUAGUGCUGCAGCGUCACCAAGUAUUUCAGGGAUGCACCGGAGUGAAUCCACAAAAAAUCGACUGGCUGUGCAAAUGCAUCUUGGCGAUCAUAAUGUACUCUACGGUUUCUUGUACAUUCUGGAUGUUUCUCGAAGGUGCUUAUUUAGUCAGCCGGUUUACGGUAUUCGCCAUGCGAUCCAUCGACUUACACUUUGCCGUGUACCUGACAAUCGGAUAUGGUAAUGAAGUUUUGCUGGUGCUACAGGAAUUCGUGAAUUCUUUACCUAGUUGUCUAAUGCAAAACAAUUUGGCCAAUUUACAGUAUUAUCAGGAACUGAGUUCAGAGUUACCAGUCCUCUAA